CCGGUACGGGCCAGAGCUGCGCAUGGCGAGGGCGGCGCGCGUGCGCGCGUCCUGUUGCGCUACCAGUGGUCGUGGUCGCGUGGGAGAACGCUGUCAGCGGACCAGACGUCCUUGAGGGGUCUGAUCCGAAACGUCACGGGGGCCGCGAUGGCGCGCUAGAGAGGAGGGCCGACCCUCGCCGAUUCCGCGCUCUCAGGCACCGCGCCCCUCCUAUAAAACCCGGGCGUGCGCGUACCGCGCGCGAGAAACGUCGCGUUAGGAUUCUCGGCCUACUGGCACGCUGUCCACAGCCGAUUCAGCAUGCUGGACGCUCUGAGCUCCCUCGUGGCCGUCGCCAGCACGGGCCUCCAGCAGCUGGGCAACGCGGCGGCGUCCAUGGUGACCGCCUCUUCCGACUUGGCGCCGGCUGCAAGUGACGGCGCCGGCGAUGGCAACCGCAAGCUGCCUCGGUACACGCUGCAGGAUGUGUACCAGCAUUGCCACCAAAAUGAUCUCUGGAUCGUGAUUCACAACAGGGUGUACGACGUCACAAACUUCCUGGACAAGCAUCCAGGCGGCCAGGAGAUCCUGUGGGAGCAUGCAGGCAGGGACGCCACCUUCGCAUUCAUGGGCACCGGCCACACCCGAGAAGCGGUCAGCAUGCUGCAGCAGUACUGCAUCGGCAUUCUAGCCGAGGAGGAACAGCUGAAUAUAUUCAACGACAUGUCCUUGCAAAUGGCCGUGACGACACAGUCAUAAGCGGCGCAGCGGCGACUAGCGAAAUGGACGUUGGCCCCGGCCUCAACUUCAUGGACAUGUGUGGUCUCCAUCAUCAUCGUUUACUUCCCACCAUCGUGCUUGUGCGUGUGUUGCAGCGUAUAUUUAUUGUCGUAUUCGUUAUAAAUAAAGCGCUUGCAGUGUGCCAGA